CAUUAUCACAGAAUAUAUUAUUAGCAAAUAUAAAGCAUUGUGUAUGCGAUAAAUCUUAUAAAAACAAGCGAAUACUUUGGAUUUGUAACUACGACAACGGGACUUCGAUCCUGAUCAUCCAGAUGAUAAAUAUGAAGACAGAUCUCAGGGAUUACAGUAAAUCAAUGGGUUCUGAAGAAAUCACAGAUCCUUUACUUUUACUAAAGUCACUCUCUCCUUUGCUCAACGGAAAAGGUGGAAUCAUUGGAUUAGAUGAAUUAUCAAAAAUCAUAUCGGUCAUGCGAACUUGCAAAAAGCUGGUUGGACGAUGCAUAUAUCUAAGUAUAUUACGAGUCACAAAGGGUGAAGACAUUCUUGAAAAAUUCAUUUUCGAGGGGGGAUGGAAAAUAAUAAACAAAUGGUUAUCCGAUGCCAAAGACACAGAAAAUAUUCCAGUUCUCAUGGAGAUACUAAAGGUGCUUCAACGACUACCGGUUUCAAUGCAAAACCUUCGCGAGAACAACACACCCAAAAUCAUCAAACAUUUCACAAAGUCUUCAAACCAAAAAUUGAAGACUGCUGCUUCACUUCUAAUGAGUUCGUGGAUGGCAAUAGUACGAGGUAGUUCUGGACCAGCGACGUCCGAACUACCAGAAACGAAUAAAAAGAAAGAAAAAAAGAAGAAAUUAAAACAAGUCGAGCAGAGUAAAGUGAAACCGAAAGGCGAGUCUGCGAAUAAAACUGGGGCUCCACCACCAGUAAUGAAAGCGCCAUCUUUUGCAAAGUUUCGAAAAACAGGUCUCGAAACUGAUCAGCCCAUUCCUAAGAAAAAAUCUAAAACGACAAAGCCUGCAACUCCUGCCAUGGGGAAACGAAACAGUGUUGACAAUGACAGCGGAAUUCCAGAGAAGAAAUUGAAAUCAGCCACUGAGAUUAAAGCAAAGAAAAUUACAAUAUCAGAAGGAUUCAUGGAUGCUUUAAACUCAGCCAGUAAUCCAGUUCCUAUACCAACAAAGAAAAUUAAACGACGACCGCUGAAACCAACCGCAAGUUCGAACUCUAACGCGUCCAAUUCUAAUAAAAUGCAGAGUAUGGAGUAUUCUACUGGAGAUGCCGAUGAUUUCAGCGCGACAGAACUUCUCCGAAAAUUGAGUCCAAAACGAGUUGAAUCACCUGUGCCUACUGAACCAGCGAAACCAAAAUUAAAUAAAUACGGAAAACCGAUGAAAACAGUUCGAUUUAAACCCGACGAACAACUAGAAAUGAUUCAAUAUUUUGAGGUCGAUGAAAACGAGAGAGUAAACAUGACCAAGAUACCCUACCAUGAAUUCAUGUCCCGUAUUCAAGUUGACAGCCCUUUUGAUCAUGUCAAUGUUUCAACACAAAGUUUCAAAGAUGCGCAACAUCGAGAAAUGAUGAUAGAACGUCAACUAAUGAAAGGGGGAAAAGUUCCUUUAACACACGAGGGCGGUAGUAAAAAUGGAGACUGGCGAAAACCCCUCCCUCUUGAAGGGUUGGAGUUACUAGCAGUAGCUGGAUGUAACAGUGUUGAGAAAGACAUCCAGACUGAACGAGAGAAAACCGUCUUGAUGGAGAUAUUCUUAACGAAGGACAUGGUGCCGGACUCCCCUGCGGAACCUGAUCCUGAACCGUACGAGAUUGCGCAACCCAAGAUUAUUCCGUUUGAGGACGAAAAUUCAAUUGUCGAGGCCAUGGAGCCUGAAACAGAGCCUGCUACGAAUGCAACCGAUCCGACAGAUAUUGUUAAGAAUAUGUUAUCGGGAAUACAACCACAAGGUGGCGGUACUGAUCUUACAGAAAAACUGAAACAAAUUCUGCAAACGGCUUCAGCGAUUAAAUCACCAGGGGAGGACAAGAAUCCGUCGUCUGGCUCCACCCAGCAGCCUGUCGCACAACAACCUAUGCAACCAGCAAUGAUGUGGAAUGGUGUUCCUCCCCAGGGGAAUCCCCAACUGCAACCCAUGGACAUGAAUGGCCAACCUAUCCAAGGGCAAAUGGGAUUCUAUAAUGCCCCGAUGAUGGUCCCAGUGCCUUAUGGACCUGGGGGAUGGAAUGGGCCCCCGCCCCCAAACCCUCAUGGAAUGCCACCACAACACAUGGGUCCCCCACAAUUUAAUAACAAUAAUUAUAAUCCAAGAUGGAAUAGACCACCACCGCCAUCUAGUGGAUCAUCUCGAUGGAGGAAUGAAAAUCCGAGAGGUCGUCGUGGCGAUUGGAGAGGAAGAUAUGAUGACAGGAGACGUCGAUAACACACAGUCGUUCGCAAAUAUUCUUCUCUGCAUUCGCAUCGUCAAAUGUUUAUUUAUCCCAUAAUGGGCGAACAUAAGCAUUAUCAAUGUGGGGGAGCAAAAGUGUAUGACAUCACACUACACAAUGUGACGUCAUAAUAGCAAAGUAAACAUCUUGAAAACUCUUGAAUUUGCAAAAGGGGAACAGGUCCUUUCAUACGCUAUCUUGGAUGGACGUUUCCGCUGUACUUCUAAGACUGCUUUGAGACUAUACAGGGAACAUAUUUUAGUUCCAUGGCAACAAUGCACGGAAGUGAAAGACUGCUUCGAGUCUAUUUGCUUCUGAAAGUUUCCACUGAGACUCGUUUGAGCUCGACCCAUGGCCAAUUCAUAGACGAUGGAUAUUUCUAGAAAUACUGAACCACUGUGACCACUAGGGGGUGUUUGACAUUUUGUUCAUGGGAUUCGAAUUACUAACCCCCCUCUCCUUGGGCCCCAUUGUUACCCAUAGUGCCAUCUUGUGUAGAAAUAAUGUGAUAGGACUCAUCCUAUUUAUCCCGGCGGAAAGAAAAGCUGUAAGAUAGCUUGUUUACAUAGCAAGCCAGAUAGCUUGUAGAGCUUGCCCGGUUACCAGUCCAGGUCAGACAUGGGUAGGGCUGAUCAUGUGUUCUAGAUGCUUUAAUGGCACCGCAAACAAUCAGUGUCCGCAUGAACCACUCUUGGAAAGGUAGAGUCCACCAAUCACCACCAUAUAAUCGUUCUGACAGGAUUCGAACCCACGAAGGAUAAAUAAUGGGUGAUUGGCAAUAUAAUGUCCAUCACGACACGAUAUGUCAGCUAGACGGACGUAUAUACACUUACUGUAUGACGAUAUAUAUGGUUUGGAUUACAAAAUCAUUCGCUGAUCAUUAUACCAAUAGUGCCAUCUUGUGGACACGGACAUUUCAAUCUUGGCAAAACUUAUUUGAACUAAACAUUUGCGCUGUGUUAAAACCGAGGUUUUAUUUCCCGUCCAUAGCAAGACCUUUCCUCACCACUAUCAUGUGUUAUUUCGUUCCAUUCUUUGCUGCUUCCAUUCUUUUUUAUUUUUCAUCAGAAAAUUCUAUUUUUUUUAAUAAAUCGAAGGUGCAACUCGA